AACAUUUUGAUGUAUGGCUAGAACAAAAAAGAAAUUCCAAAUUUUGUUUGAACACAAGUGAAAGAAAGCAUAUGGCUCCUCACUCUUCAGCAAGUCAGCAUUGAGUUCCUAAAAAUAAUACCACCACCCAUAUACUUGGUAUUAUUUUUAGAAACAUAUUUAUCCAUCCAUGGCUACUAAUCUAAUGCAACCCCAAUUUCCACAAUUAUCCAAAAUCAAAAUCCCAAUUACCUCACUCUCACUUCCAACUCCAAUAUCCAACUAUACAAAAUUUAAGCACUGCCCAUUUUCUGGGUUUAGACUCAGAAUUUCUUGCAAUUCUCAAGAACAUAACUCAAGUUUGCUUGUAGAUGAUGAAGACCCUAAUGCCCUUACUAAAGCAAGUAUUUACCAAGCUAUAGAAGGUAUCAAUAGAGGUGUUUUUGGGGUUACAUCUGCAAAAAAGAAAGAGAUUGAGGAUUUGGUGAUGGAACUUGAAGCUAAUAAUCCAACUCCCAAUCCAACACACACUUUGGAUAAGGUUAGUGGAUGCUGGAAGCUCAUAUAUAGUACAAUUACUAUAUUGGGCUCAAAGAGAACUAAGCUUGGACUCAGAGAUUUUAUCAAUUUGGGGGAGUUUUUACAGAUCAUUGAUAUUGCUGAGGGCAAAGCAGUUAACACAAUCAAGUUCAGUGCAAAAGGAUUGAAUCUGCUAAAUGGACUGUUGACAAUUCAGGCUUCUUUCAGCGUUGCAUCACCAUCGAGAGUGAACAUUAACUAUGACAAUUCACAGAUCACCCCAGAACAGUUGAUGAAUUUAUUCAAGAAAAAUUAUGAUCUUUUACUCAGCAUAUUCAAUCCAGAAGGCUGGCUGGAGAUCACGUAUCCUUUGUCGAUCAACUCAUUUAUUAUGCUUAUAAAAAUUACUCCCUCCGUCUUGUUUUACUUGCUCCAUUUUGACCAGAAAGCUCUCACAAAAACUGGUCAAAUGGAGCAAGCAAUAUGAGAUGAAUAGCUAAGAAAACAGUUGAUCCUUGAUGCAAAUGAUGUGUAGAUAUGUAGACGACUCGAUGAGGAUAGGAAGAGAUGAUAAAGGCAACAUCUUUAUACUAGAAAGAGCAGCAAAUGAUCAGUUCUAGCUGGGUCUUCACACCAAUGGCCUAAUUCUAUCAUGCGCUUGAAGAUUUUACUAGGAAAAAGUAGAACACUCAAGUAUGAAGAAGGUAUAAGUGUAUAGGAGUAACCUUCAAUUAUUCAUGUACAUGUCAUUUUGUCAAAUGUAUCAUUUUUUACUCUCACAAAUACAUUACACCAUUGAUAUCAUUUCAUUGUCUAUGGAUCUGUCUAGCAUGUUAAACAAUUGAUUAUAUACUCUCUACAUCUUUUAUUUAUAAGAGUGAAAUUUCGUA